AUGUUUGGGUAUACAUUACCAAAGCCGUCCCCGAAUCGUUCCCCACUGUCUAGCUCUGGUCAGCUGCCGGCGUUCACUAGCAUAGAAGGAGCAAGGGACUGUCUACACAAGAUUUUGGAAUUUGUUCAGGGCUUGCGGUUGCAGGUCUUUCAGGUGCAUUCGAGCUCGUCUCCGGAGUAUAUAUCUGCGCAAAACCCUCUUCUUGAAAGAGAGCAACAAGCUGCCCUGCUUCUGGUGGAGAGUUGGCGAAGGAAUCUGGAACACUUCAUCACCCAACCGGCGAUGAGUGCGGAUCAGCAUUCACAAGCGCUUUUAAUACUAAGAGCUCAAUACCUGAUUACUAAGAUCGGUGCCUGCGCGAGUCUCGAUCCAUCCAAGACAAACCACGAAGAGCACCUAGGUGACUUCAAAGGGAUCACAGUCGCGGCAGAGGAGGGCCUCACGAAAUUUCCACUCGAGGAGGAAGCCAUGAGCUUUUCCUUCGAAAUGUCCUUCCUGGCGCCCCUCUACCUUACUGCGCUCAAAUGUCGGGACUCCACUGUCCGAAGGAAAGCUCUUGAAUUGAUGCGUCUGACAGGGGCCAAGGAAGGGUUGUGGCUUCGAGCCGAACUGAUUUGUGUAGCCGCAAGAGCCAUGGAACUUGAAGAAGGGCUCGCGGUCUUUGGCUCAGAAGGAAAUCCAUCUGGAACCACUGAUCGCGGGCCGGUGCUCUUCUUCGAUGUCCUUGCGGGACUGAACUACCGCAAAGAUGGAAAGACGUUUGUGGACGUUGUGUAUCUGACAUAUGACGCAACCAGUGCCCAACACUGGCACACCAUGCAAGAGACCUUACUAGUAGGGGAAUGA